ACUUUGUUUACAUUCUGUAGUAUGGUGAACCCCGUUGAAAGAAUUCCAGUAAAUCUAUAUGUUUGAAAGAAAGUCACAAAGUAGGCCACAUAGAAUCUUCAAAAUAUAUUGUGCGGAAAAUCAAGAAGCAUUGAGGGUGUUCUCUACAUAAGGUGCUCUGCAAGACACAAAGCGUGCUAGGUCAGAUCCAACACUUUGUGACAAUGCCUGAGAUAAAUACCAACCACCUUGAUGAGCAGCAAGUCCAACUCUUGGCGGAGAUGUGUAUUCUCAUUGACGAAAAUGACAAUAAAAUUGGGGCUGAGACCAAGAAGAAUUGUCACCUGAAUGAAAACAUUGAGAAAGGGUUAUUACAUCGAGCUUUCAGUGUCUUCUUAUUCAACACUGAAAAUAAACUCCUGCUACAGCAGAGGUCAGAUGCAAAGAUCACUUUUCCAGACUGUUUCACCAAUACGUGUUGCAGUCACCCUUUAAGUAACCCCGGCGAGCUCGAGGAGAACGAGGCCCUGGGCGUGCGGCGGGCAGCGCAGCGGCGUCUGCACGCGGAGCUGGGCAUCCCCCUGCAGGAGGUUCCUCCAGAAGAAAUCAAUUAUUUGACACGAAUUCACUACAAGGCCCAGUCUGAUGGUGUCUGGGGUGAGCAUGAAAUUGACUACAUCCUGUUUGUGAGGAAGAACGUGACGCUGAACCCGGACCCCAAUGAGGUGAAAAGCUACUGCUAUGUGUCAAAGGAAGAACUAGAGCAACUUUUGAGAAAAGCAGCCAGUGGUGAAAUUAAGAUAACACCAUGGUUUAAAAUUAUUGUAGAGACUUUCCUCUUCAAGUGGUGGGAUAACUUAAAUCAUCUGAGUCAGUUUGUUGACCAUGAGAAAAUACAUAGAAUGUGAAAAUGUGGAGAUGGAUGGUUACUGCAGAAUUUCUCCUCUGCAUACACUUAGAAUGACUUUUUAAAAAAUUCCCUGGUUCCCUAUCAGGAGAACUCUCAACACGAUACGUUGAUAAUUUACUACUUGUGUAGAAAACACAACUAAUAAUUUUGUGUCAUACGCCCUGGAUCUAUGCUCUAUUGUAAAAGACAGUAGUGAGAGAUUAUUUUGUAAAAUGAAGGACAACAAAUAAAACUUACUUUAAGCCUCCAAACACGUGAUUAUGACAAAUUUGAACAAGGAAGUGUGGCAUUUUGGGAACACGUCAGAGCACUCUGCUGUUUGCCAGGUGCUUUGUGUUAGCAUUAAAUCUUACCGUACUUCAGAAAAUGUGCAAAGGAAACCACUUGGCUACUUCAAAACAGUCCUAACUAACUUUCCACAUGAACAGAUUAAACUGGCAGAGCAGGUGCAAGGGAAAUUAGAUGGUGUAGAUCCUAAGUUGAUGUGAUUUCUUCAUUCUUAAAGUACUUAAAAAUCAACCAUUGCUUUUGGCAAUGAUAUUGGUUGGGUUAGAUCUUCUUUUAAAUAGUAUUUGCUGAUUGGCAGGGUCUGUGCUUUCAGAGUUACAGUGGCAGACAGGCUGUUCACAGAGGGCACUGAGUCCUGCACGGUGGACUCCUCACCCGUGGCACCCCCUGCAAAUGGCUGGGUAACUCUUGUGGGACCAUGCUGUGCACCGUGCCCCACAGGUGGCCAGCAGCAUCCUGUGCUCUGCAUGCUGGGUGCCAUGAGCACCCUUCUCCUGUGACAGCCAGUUGACACCAGUUGUCCCUGGGGGCCACACAGCUGAGUCACCCCAGCUGAGAACCACUGUUACAGUCAGGCCACAGUAUAGGAGAGAAAAA